AUGGCGACACAAGUAAACACCAUAACCGCAACGGAGCCCACGAAGCUUCAGCUUCGCGCUGAAACCUCUAUUGACUACAAUCAGGAGAAUUAUCAAUAUGAAAGUUACCUGCCGCACUUUGUGCCAGGAUCUCAGCCACCAUUGGAAGAGUUCCAGCAUGAGGACGUUGGGUUGAGAGCCGAUCGGGAGAAGAAGAACCUGCUAGGAGCUGCCGGAGUCAGCCAUGAAGAAGUCACCCCAGCUAUCGGAACCAAGGUCCACGGAAUCCAGCUCAGUCAGCUCAACUCUGCUCAACUAGAUGAGCUAGCACUACUCGCAGCCGAGCGUGGCGUAGUGAUCUUUCGCGACCAAGAUUUUGCAGACAUUGGGCCCGAGAAGCAAAAGGCCUACGGAAAGCAUUUUGGUCCACUCCAUGUCCACCAGAUGGGUGGUCAGAUCAAGGACUAUCCGGAAUUGCUCCCCGUGUACCGCGACUUUACCGCAGGUGCUGUCGAUAAUGAGAUCAAGGAUAAUGUCACCAGCGUGAAGUGGCACAGCGACAUGAGCUACGAGAUCAACGGAAUGGGCACGACGACUUUCCUGCCUUUGAGCACUCCAUCGUCCGGAGGUGACACGCUUUAUCUCUCCACGACGGAAGCCUACUACGCGCUCUCAGAAACGUACCGGACGUUGCUUCACAGCCUGAAAGCUGUUCAUUCCGGCUUCUCCCAAGCUUCGGUGCACGACCACCGAGACCGGUACAUCAGGGAGCCCAUCGAAACGAUUCACCCCGUCGUGCGAACCCACCCCGUCACCAAGCAACUCUCUCUCUACGUCAACCGGCUGUACACAAAGCGCAUCGUCGGGAUGAAGCAGGAAGAGAGCGCCGCGCUGCUAGGAUUCUUGUUCGACCACAUCGAGAGGGGCCAGGACUGGCACCUGCGCGUCCACUGGAAGCUGGGCACGGUUGUGGUAUACGACAACAGGAAUACUCAGCACUCUGCUCUGCGAGAUUUCCGGGUGGAAGAGGGGACGACUAGACGGCAUAUGUUGAGAAUCACGCCGCAAGCGGAGCGGCCGUACUUUGAGGAGCCCACAGUCUCGCAGUGA